GCAUGGCUGAAGAUCAGGUGUGUCCCAUCACUUCAGAUCAUCAUGUCAUGGAGGCUAUAGAUCCUUCAGAUGAGAAUGUUCCUCUUCUCUCAGGAACUGAAAAUCUGCCCCAUGAGCAUGAUAUGAUCCUAAUCAGCCCCUUGAACGCACCUCUGCCACCCCUGCCAGCUUUAGAGCAACAUCAGCUUUGGAUUGAUGCUGAGUCUGAGGACAGCAAGGGGCCUGGUUCUUCAAUAAAGGACACAGAUCCUCUGUUUGGAAAUGAUCUGGUCUCUACAGAGGUAAUGCAGACGGUCACAGUCCAUAAACAGAAAUGCCUCGAGUGUUUUAAAGUAUUCAGGACUACUAAUGCCCUCAACAAACACCUGCUCACUCAUCAGUCAGACAGACCUCACGUGUGUAACAUCUGCAAGCAAGGGUUUAAGCGCCAUGAUCAUCUCACAGGGCAUUUGCUGAUUCACCAGAGGAGGAAUGCUUAUCUCUGCACUCAUCCUGGAUGCCAGAAGACCUAUUAUGACCACCGCUCACUAAAACGUCAUUGUGCCAGCCAACAUACAGUGUACAUGCCAAAUACCUUCAGUUCUGACCAACCAUGCUGGAAACCUCCAAAGUUCCCUGCAGUCUUAAAUGAUUACCAUUCCUUCCUCCUUCCACCUCCCAAACCUGCUUCUGUUUUUAAUCUUGAGUGUCAUUCUAUUUACAGUUAUCCUGGGUUCUCCUCUGUAGCAGGGAAUCUUGGCUUGUGCUGCUACUCUGAGGAACCCAACCUUAUGAACAUAACACCCUCUGUUAGCCCAGAUGUUUGGGGCCUAGGAGCUGCUGGUGCCUUCCGUAGUCUGGAGAACCCAGUGGACGUGACAGCAUCUCAUAGUACACUUAUGUCUAACCAGUGGCCUUUGAGUCUCAGCAAUGUGGUGGACCAGUUUGAAUCAAACCCAGAGAUCAAAGUUUGGGAGAAUUCCAGAAAUAUUCCAGGAACGAACCUCAAAGUGUCUGAAUCUAAAAUGGAAAGUCGGGUUUUUCCAGGCUGUCCCGAAAAGAGCCAGUCCAGUACAUCAAAGCAUAGCCUAUGGCAGGUCAAACCUCACAGUAAGCAGCAAGAUUCUUUGAUCAAUGAUGCGAUGCCAUGCGCAGGAUCAAAUCAUGAUGCCUCAUUAGUAGCACAGCCAGGUUCCUCUAAUGGGACCGAUUUUCAUACAGCACCAACGCAAGACGAAUCCAAAACAAGGAAAAUGAUAGUAAAGAAGACCUUAAAAGCUGUGAACAUUCCCACCCCUCCACUACCUUCUCCUAGACUCAUUACGCAAAGACGACCCAGACCCCGACCUGCUUCUCUUGUCUCUCCCAGCCAGGUGGCGUUGGAAUCCUUUAGUAAAGACGGGGCCCUCUUUCAUACGAACAAGGGAGGAAGUGCUGCUGCUGUCAAAGAAAAUACAAGACAGUCUGGAAGCAGGACAUACCUAAAAUACCCAUGUAAUCAGCAUGCGGCAUCCUCAUCUUCACUUUCUCAAGCUCCUCCAUCCAUUUGUGCUGAACUGGAUCAGGGUGCAAGAGUGGACAGAGACGAUGACCGGUCCCAGGAGUCAGAUGGGGUCCAGCUUUCGCCUCUGAUCAUGCCCGUUUCUGUUCCUGUCUCGAAUCAGAUAAAGAUGAAUCAGAACACCGAAAGCCCGACCGAGACGUGUCAUCAAUCUGGUUUAUCCCCACACCAAUCCCGUGAGCGUGAGCUGGGAAUCCGUGCGACGGGGGGUUACCCGAGCCAGCUGCGUUCACCCAGCUACCUUGCCGACCGGCUGCUAAACCUGCACCUCCCUCCUUACACUCCUCAACCCAUGCUCAGCCCGCUACGCCCAGGCACCGGCCUCUACUUCAACACCCUGCCACAAUGCCAGCCAUACCUGCCCCCAUCCAGCACUCAUACAGCAUCAGUGGAUAGAAAAGAAGGAAUCUCUUUAAUGAUGGACAACACUGUGGUCAGCAUAAAGCCACGGAUCAACGUGGGUUCAUGUUUCCAGGCUGAGAUCCCUCCGUUACGCAAUCCAUUGCUCAUGCUGUACGACGAACACCCCGCCCAGCUCAUCUGGACUCCAUGGGGAGACCUGCCCACUAAUCCAGAGACACAAAAACGAGUUGAGGCGUUUCUAGACUUGUGCUGUUCCAGUGUGCUACCAGGAGGGGGCACCAACACUGAACUUGCACUUCACUGCCUGCAUGAAGUCCAAGGAGAUAUACUAGCUGCACUGGAUCUACUUUUAAUGAGAGGAGAUUACAGGACUUCCUGCCAUCCACUGAGUGACUACCAUUAUACAGGUUCAGACCGGUGGAGUGCUCAGGAGAUUAGACUCUUCCGGAAAGCUCUGGUCAGUCACAACAAAGAUUUUCAGCAGAUCCAAAAAAUGUUGCAGACCAAAUCUGUCGUCCAGUGUGUGGAGUAUUAUUACGCCACAAAGAAACUGAAGAAGUUUAAGCGGCGCAGUAGAGCAGAUAAAACUGGUGGAACAGAGGAGCAAUGCGAGAGUAAAACUGGCAUCAGGAAGUCUUUAAACAGACCAAAGGGGACAAAUGAGGACCAGUCUGCUCAGAACAGGGAAUAUACGUGUGAGGAGUGUGGCAGGUGUUUUGAUAAGGUAAAGAGUCGCAGCGCUCAUAUGAAAGCCCACCGGCAGCAGGAGAGAGAGAGGUCAUGUGUGGACAGUUGGCGUGAACAAGACAGGUUAGAUGCCAACUGGGGCUCUAAAAAUGUGUAGAGUGGUCAAUAGUACAACAUAGUACAUUUACCUAUAUGAACCAAGCUUGUAAUAAUAAUCCUGAUGUUCAAUCUGUUAUGGGUUUCAUGAUUCUAACAACAUGAUACUUUUUUAUUUCUUAAUCCAUAAAUGUUUUGUUUGUUAAUGUUUAAUCUUUAAUUGUUUAAAGUUCUUAUCUACGAAUGAAGAAAAUAUGUUAUAUAUACACUGUAUCUCCAACAGCUGGAAUUUGUACCACCUUUCAAACUGUUUCAUAUUUUUGAAACUAUAUAUACACUGAUCAGCCAUAACAUUAAAACCACCUCCUUGUUUCUACACUCACUGUCCAUUUUAUCAGCUCCACUUACCAUAUAGAAGCACUUUGUAGUUCUACAAUUACUGACUGUAGUCCAUCUAUUUCUCUGCAGUGACACAGUGUUAGUGUGUGUUGUGCUGGUAUGAGUGGAUCAGACACAGCAGCGCUGCUGGAAUUUUUUAAACACCAUGUCCACUCACUGUCAUUGCUGGACUGAGAAUAGUCCACCAACCAAAAAUAUCCAGCCCACAGCACCCCGUGAGCAGCGUCCUGUGACCACUGAUGAAGAUCUCAAAGAUGACUGACUCAAACAGCAGCAAUAGAUGAGCGAUUGUCUCUGACUUCACAUCUACAAAGUGGACCAACUAGGUAGGAGUGUCUAAUAGAGUGGACAGUGAGUGGACACAGUGUUUAAAAACUCCAGCAGAGCUGCUGUGUCUGAUCCACUAACACACCACCACCAUGUCAGUGCCACUGCAGUGCUGAGAAUGACCCACCACCUAAAUAAUACCUGCUCUGUGGUGGUCCUGACCAUUGAAGAACAGGGUGAAAGCAGGUUAAAAAGGUAUGUAGAGAAACAGAUGGACUACUGUCAGUAAUUGUA